AACUCCGGUCAUCCCGUCAGAGUAAGAACUCAUUAAUUACCAAGCAAAAGAGUCAGCUCAGUGCAGUCAACUCCGCUGUCUCAUCGAACAAAUGCUGAAGUUGAUGUGAUCAAGAUCUGAAGCAGUGUCUACUCUAGUGUUUGUUCAGCUUUAAGACCCUGCAUUCUUAGCAAUUGCCUCUCUACGAUCGCAGCACUUCCUAACAUGGGCUCCCCAUUUCCGAUGGAGACCUUGGCGGGGUACACGUCACGAACAGUGCCCUUCAAAGCUACCUCAGAUAUAACCAUCAACGCCGAUGUCGUAUACCCCGAGAAGUCGGAUGGCUCUCCCGCUGUUGUGCUGCUUCAUUAUCACGGCGGUUUUCUUAUCGUCGGAGAUCGGUAUUCGUUCUUGCCUCACUGGCUUGUGCAUGCCUCCGCCUCCCGUGGAUGGGUCUUUGUGACUCCCGAGUACCGCUUGAUGCCCGAGUCGACCGCACACGACUCCGUUGAAGAUGCUGCGGACGCCUAUAAAUGGGCCCUGUCGUCACUGCCGGAAAUUAUAGGCCGCCCGGUCGGUUCAGUUUUAGUCGCUGGGUCAAGCGCUGGAGGGUAUCUAGCUCUCAACACGGCCGUCUCGGCUGCUCAAAAGCCUAGCGCACUUCUGCUCAUCUACGGGAUGCUCGAUCCUUCUGGAGCUCGAUACACAACUCCCGGGAAAAACAUAUUCGGUCGGCCGCCAGUCGAGACUGGGCCAGUUCUGGAAAAGUGGCCCAUGGCUAAGGCUUCGGGCGAAGAGAGGAAGCCUGUCUCAGCUUAUCCGAUAUCUGGCGACCCGUCCGCUGACCCCAGAUUUGCUCUUGCUUCGGCACUGCACAUCGACGCCCUCUUCCCCGACUACAUGACUGGCGUCUCUGGUCUUACUAGUCAGAUUGCCACUCAAGGAGCUGCAGCAGUACCCAAGGAACACCAACAGCUAUUCCCACUUGACUUUGGAGAUUUUAGUGGCUUCCCGCCUGUCAUGCUGCUCCAUGGUGCGAACGACUCAGCUGUACCGGUUGAGUGUAGCACCAGAGCCGCAGAGAAGCUCAAGGCAUCUGGAGUGAGUGUGUUGGCAGAAAUCCCAUCUGAUGCGGAGCACGGUUUCGAUGGAAGGUCCGGUAACGUCAACGUCGAGACAUCAGCUGGGGAUUCGGUGACUGCUGUGGAGUCUCUCAGGAAGGCGAUUGGUUUCCUCGAGCAGAAUGCGGCCAAGUAGCGGCGACUUUGAAAAGCCCAGCUUUCAAUGGAGCUUGAACAUAAGCCGCGUCAACUUACAAUCGAUAGGGAUGUUAGAGUCAAAGAGUGAGAUUCAACAGGUGGAUACAACGUACCUCUUAGGAUCGAAUCGUGAACCUAUUCAGAACCUAUCUUGCUUGAUUUAUAGUUGAUUGCACAUUGAUCAUAAACUCUGGAACAACUUGAGUGUAGUCAGGUCAUUCGAGAUAACUGAAAUAGUCAGCACUCGCUAGCACAGAUAGAGGCAUUCAAGCUUGAUU